AUGGCCAGAGAUUUAAUGCAGAGUGAGAAGGCACUAAUUGACCCAACUGUCCCAAUGCAUGUUAACAUCGGUGGAGGCAGAAUAGAGGUGACCAAAGAGAUCCUGGACAAAGCGUCGGUCCUUACACCCAAGGUUCUGCAGGCAGCUAAGAUAUUACUCCAGCAGCAACAGAAGAAGAGUGGUUUGAACUCUGCAAAGAGCCACACUAAACCACGGCCCCUACAGGUCUCAAUGACUAUGAUGAGUCCUCAGCAGAUGCAGCAGCUUCUGUCCCCGGGUCAGCUCCAGGCUCUGCUCCAGCAACAGCAGGACGCUAUCCCGCUCCAGCAGCUCUCUAGGCAGCGGCUAGUGUUCCAGCAGAUCCUCCAGCAGGAGCUGUUCAAAGUGCAAAGACCAGACCUGGCCUCCCACACCUUGUUUCCAGCUGGCUUGAGUACUAUUGAGCUCCAGCAGAUAUGGAAGGAGCUAACCAACAGCACAAUGGAAGAUAAAAGCACAAAGGAUAGCUGUCCAGACCGUAUCAUCACUCUGUCCCCAACUGAACCCGUAACCACAGCCAAAGCAUCAAUGUCAAACACCCACAACUUCCCUACCAACGGCCGAUCUCUUAGUUCCAGCCCAAGAGAAGGCUUGCUGGAUGUAGAUCAAACAAUCACACACUCACUCUAUGGAUAUGGUGUGUGUAUUUGGCCGGGCUGUGAGACUGUUUGUGAAAACGUCAGCCAGUUUAUCAAGCACCUAAGUAUUGAGCACAUGCUGGAUGAAAGGAGCACAGCCCAGUGCAGAGUCCAGAUGCAGGUGGUGCAGCAGUUAGACCUCCAGCUCUCUAAAGAACAGGAGCGUCUCCAAGCUAUGAUGGCCCACUUACAACUGCCAACUUUGCAACCACAGUCCCCUUCCAAACCUCUGAGUUCUGGGUCCGGUGUCACCAUGUCCAAGAGCCUGCCACCACUGUCCCCUCAGAUGCCCCCAUUGGCCCCUGUCACCUCCCCAUCCUCACCCCGGGGGCCUGCAGGACUUUGCCCCACAAGUGUGGGGGCAAUGCGAAGACACCACUCAGACAAGCACCCCUCUCUCUGCUCUCUGUCUUCAGAAUUGAACCCAAAUCAUGAGAUGUACAGCAAUGCAGAUAUCAGGCCACCUUUUACCUAUGCUACUCUGAUAAGACAGGCUAUAAUGGAUGCAUCGGACAUGCAGUUAACACUUAAUGAGAUAUACAGCUGGUUUACACAGACCUUUGCCUACUUCAGACGCAAUGUUGCAACGUGGAAGAAUGCAGUCCGCCACAACCUGAGCCUGCACAAGUGUUUUGUGCGUGUGGAGAACGUGAAGGGGGCCGUGUGGACAGUGGACGAGAUGGAGUACCAGAGAAGGAGGUCUCAGAAGAUCACAAGAAGCCCAACGCUAGGGAAGAACCUUCUCUCCAGCCUUGCUUAUUGGACUGCUCUUAAUACCAGUUUACAAGCUCCACUGACUGAGAAUGCUCUGGCUGUAUUAAAGAACAGGAGCCCUGCAGGCCUGAUAGGCAGCAGUUAUUUGGGUCUGAUACACCGGACCAAGUCACUAAAACAUCCGGACCUCCAGGACACCAAUGGACAACGCAGCCCACACUCCACUUCACUGGCCCAGCUGUGA